CUGGUCUCUGUCUUGCUCAGCACGACCCUGCCACAAAUUUUUGCUGCCUUUUUUUUUUCUUCUUCUUUUAACUGACAGAUGAGGAACCACUGGCCUCUGUUUUGUCUGGUCACUGCAUUCUCCUGUGCGUGAUGAAGGCUCCUUGAUGUGCUUGAACAGUUCAUUGCCUGGGGCAUGUGAAGCUUUUCCAGAUUUCUUUCCCUAGUUGUGAAUUUGUGUUCUGCCCUCCCACUGCUUCUGAGAACUCAGAGAUAAGCGAUGUGCUUGGCAGCGCCACAGCUGUCUCUGCCAGAUAGCCGACCAGCCCAGAGAGCCCAACCCAGGAUAAUACAAAACUUGCCGAGGCUUCCUCCUUCCAAGGAUUCACAGAGAGGACGUUUUGGACCUCGUCCUCCUGGCUCUGCUCGGAGUUUUUAUGGGUGCAGACACCCUGGAGAUCUACAGUUCAAGAAAACCCAACACAGUCUGGCAGCUCCCCCCUCUACCACCCCUUUUUGACUUUUGGAAGCUGUGUGCCCUCCCCAUGGACAGACGCGCAGAAAUGCUGGGCAUAUUCCCAGCGUCUCGUGCGUAACUCUGGCCCAGCCGGCCUCCAGCUACAGCUGCCGGUCCCUUUUAUCUGCUCGCUCUCAGUGCCUCACCUUGCCAGGCACGGGGAUUACAGGGAUAUAAUUUCCCAUGGCACAUUUUUAGAAGAGCUUUUCCUGCUGCCACGGUGACGUGCUCGGAUGAUCUUGCUGUUGCCUUUGGGAUAGUGAAUUGUGCCCUGCGUUAUUGCAAGCAGCCCAAGCACCUUUCUCUCUUUUAACAUAGCACAAGCUUGUUCCCUCUAAGACAGAUCCUGACAGCGUCUGUGGCAGGUUGCAUUUACAACCAUGUAACGAUCUGCUCGUGCAUCUAAAUCGAUGCAGAAUUCCCACUGGUUUGGACAUCAGGCUCUGUACAGGUCUACAGCUCACAAUUCAGAUCUGUUCUUGACAAGGCAGUGAGCACCAGCCCUGGUGUCAUGUAGUGCAGGUAUGGUGCAUCCAGGUCAGAGGCCAUCUGUCUGAGCUCAGAAUCAUCUCUGCAUUUACCUGAGUCUCAUGGGGAGAAAAACAUCUUUUAAACAUCAACUGCUACAUCUGCAAGCCAACAAACAUUCCAGUCUUCCACCGGUGAGUCCGUUCUCAGACAAGGAGUUUCAUCACAUUUAACUCCUGUGGAAAUCAGUGGUACAACAGCCUACAUUCAAACUUAGGCAUUAAUUUGUUUGCUUCACUUCAUUUGCGUUGCAUCUCAGGUAAAUGAUACACACCACUGGCCAUUCUUUUUCCUUGUAAAACAUUUCUGUUCACACCUAUAGGAACAGGCUGACUUCUGAGAAUGGCUAGGUCAGAGUGAAGGAGAUAAUUAGCAGAUCCACCUGCCUGAGCAUUAGCUUGUUGCACACACCAGCACGGAGUUUGAGAAAGGAACUUAUUAUUACCAAAAACGACUGCUUUGUACCCCGGGUCAUUUUAGUGGCAGCAGGGAAUGAGUAGUUAUUAAGUAAGACAUAGCUCAUCUCACGUAUUAUGUAGAUGCUAUUAUUCUAUUUUCCCCAAAAUGAAAUGGUUUCUAUUCGUAACAGUAAAAAAAAAUAAUAAAAAAAAAAUUAACAGUUCAACUCCCCAAAUUUAGGAAAAGUGGUUUGGGACACCUGAAAACAACUCUGUCUAUAAAAGAAAGAUCAAAACUGGAUAAUGAUUAUCCUCCCACCUCAAAAACAAACAAAGACAAACCACCACCACCACCACUAAGCCCUCAGAUGCUUUUGGCUCUGUUUUGCAAUGCAUUCUUUGAAGUUGCUCAUUAGUUCCACGUUGUCGGUAUUUUAGGAAUUUUCCAACCACAGCCGUGUUUGGCUGCGAAUGUUUUGGGGCUCCGAGGCCUCGUGGGAUUUCAACAAGUCCCUUAAUGUUGCGCCGUAAUGAUGUGUUGCUGUUUGAUGGUGGUGCCUUGGUUUUCUCCCUCAACAUUUUGGUUUUGUGAUGCGUUCCCGUGUGGGACAACCCCUGUUUUAUACAGACAUGCCAGCGAGCCUGCACUGAAGUCAAGAACUGAAUCCUACCACGGUAUCUCGAGGAAUCCCUUUAACCGAGCACACAGGCGGUGGAUUUGCUAAAAAUUGGCCUUUGCAGUUGGGAAAGGUAGAGGUGGGCAGCCUUCUGAGCUGAAUUCUGUUUCUUGAAAUCCUAAGAAGCAAACGGCUCACUCAAGUUAUGUGUGUCACACAGCUCUAGCUUGAGCUAGAGGGUUUUUUUUUGCAAUUUGAUCCACAAAGAGAAGUCUUUAAGUGCACACAACUUUUCUCUCUACAAUAAAACACAGCUGUAAAACACCCUGCCCUUCCCCUUUCCUUUCUUUUCCCAGACUCAGCCCCAUCAGCUCAGCCCCACUUGUGGUGGGUGCCUGUCCCCCUGCGGCAAUGCGGCUGGCAGGGUUUCUGAGUAUCCCGGGCGAUUCUCAAAGCUUACUUGGCUGUAGACUAGAAUAUAUUUCAAUAAAAAUAAAAGCAGGUUUCAGAGUAAAGCAAGAGAAAAAUUGUCAAGCUGAAGGAAAAAAAAAAAUGCAGUUAUAAUCAUCGUGUUCACGGCCUUGGAGGCCGAAGCUGAGAACUGUCAGUGUUUUAUAGAUAACCUUCAUUUGUGUGAGCGAGGCCCUGGGAUCGUGGUUGCACACAGUGUGAUUAUUCCAGGGAAUGCAGUCGGAUUUUUGGUGAAGACGGUUUGACGCUGAAACUCUUUCUUAAAAGGACUGCUCCCUUUUCUAUUCUGUGGACUUUGACUAACUACUUGUAUUUACUGGCUUUAAAGAAGCUGACAGCCACAGACGUCUCUGCCCUGUUCUGUUGUAACAAAGCUUUUGUCUUCUUGCUUUCUUGGAUCGUGCUGAAAGACAGGUUCAUGGGAGCAAGGAUAGUGGCAGCAAUAAUGGCAAUCACAGGAAUCGUAAUGAUGGCAUAUGCAGAUGGUUUCCAGGGUGAUUCAAUUAUCGGGGUAGCAUAUGCUGUUGGAUCAGCCUCUACAUCUGCAUUAUAUAAGGUUUUGUUCAAGAUGUUUCUUGGCAGUGCAAACUUCGGGGAGGCCGCUCAUUUUGUCUCCACCUUGGGCUUCUUCAAUUUAAUUUUCAUCUCGGUUACCCCCAUCAUACUGUACUUUACCAAAGUGGAGUACUGGUCGCCGUUCUCUGCCGUGCCAUGGGGUUACCUGUGCGGAGUGGCUGGCCUCUGGUUAGCGUUCAACAUUUUGGUUAAUGUUGGCGUCGUGCUUACGUACCCCAUCCUGAUCUCUAUCGGCACGGUGCUCAGCGUCCCUGGCAAUGCAGCUGUAGAUCUCCUGAAGCACAAAAUGAUCUUCAGCGUGGUGAGGCUGGGAGCCACCAUCAUCAUUUGCAUUGGGUUUCUGCUGAUGCUGCUCCCCGAGGAGUGGGAUGAAAUCACCCUGAGGUUCAUCAACAGCUUAAAGGAGAAGAAGAGCGAGGAUCACGCCGACGACAUCACAGACUCCAGCGUACACACAAGAAGCAGAAGUAGAGCGAACGGGACAGUGUCUAUACCACUAGCUUAGGGCUGGUGGACUUGAACUGCACGCGGAUGUAUAUUCUGUGAAUAUAGCUUAAAUUUCCUCACUACUUGUAUGCUUAACAAUGACAUUUACUCUGAACUGGGGAUGAACUGUAAGAUAAGAGAAAUACAUCUAUAAUAAAUGUUUACAUUUAUACACUUAUCCAGGAAAGGGUGUAAAUAACCACAAUAAAACGUUUUCUAAUAAAAACCA